AUGGCUCCCCCUGAGGCUAACUUGUCGACUGCUGCUGUUGCUGGAGGUGCUGGCAAAAAGCAGGGCUCGGAGCCAGUCACACCCAGGACCCUUUUCGAUGGCGUCCAGGGGCCUUUCGGAGCGGAAGCUGUUAACGAGCUGUCAGCGAGAACGUCAGCACUCAAGAUCCAUGAUCUGCCAGAAGGAGGGAAGAACAAGGAUGUGACGGCGAGUGAGAAGCAGACAACCGCGCCUGCUGUUCAGCACAAGGGGAAGGAAGUCGCUAAGGAAAAUGAAGAGGAGGACGGCUACCUUAGCGAUGACCCCGAUGAAGCUCAAGACCCAGAGGCGAUCAACGACAUAGCGUCACAAGCGGGGUUCGCCAUCACGCUCCUCAUUCCGGCCAAGUGGAUUGAGGAGGUCCCGCGUACGAUGGAUACGAUUCGCGGACUCCUGCUGCUGUGGGAAGAGCAUCUGACAGAGAACGUGAAGGCGACAACGAAGUGUCAUAAGCUGACGCCUGCAUGGCUCUCUAAGGAGCGUUUCGGGCGGGUCCAGGUGGUUUUCGUGCACGCGACGGAUGCUAAUUUCAUGUGGAGCAGGAAGGUGGAACAUGUGACGGUGAACAAUCUCAGGCUGACGCUCGGGUGGCAAUACCCCGAAAAUCAAGAAUACCUGAAGGAGCGGUCUUUGAAGCUAGAUGCCAUUGAAGUGCUGCUGCGGAAUGUUCCGGCCGUCAUCACGCCGGAGAUGAUUCGGAAGAGUCUGGUGACCGUGACACUGCUGAAGCGCAAGCGCACGGCGUUCCUGGAGGGUUCGGCUUUCCACAGGGUGGUGGAUCCGGUGACAGGGUCUGACACGGAUAAGAUUAAGGGGUUGGUGUACCGGCACCCCGGGGAUAAGUCAUCAGGGACAGGGUCUGGUAGGGAGAACCAGAGACUGCUAGACGCGUGGCCGGGACACGAUCUCAAGGACGCGUUCAGGGCACUGAACCCGGGGCUGCGGGAGUAUACUUUCCAUGCGAGACCGUCGGGCACGAAAACCAGGAUUGACAGGACGCUGGUGUCGACCUCGCUCCUGGGACAGCUAACGGCAGCUGAGCAUGUGCGGGUGCCGCCGAAGCUCUCAGAUUACCGAUUCGCCAUCCACGUGUGCCUCAAGAUCGAGUCGUCGCAGAGUAGCGGACCGGGGAUCUGGAGGUUUCAGGCGACAAGAGCAAACAGGAGGGGAGUCAGAGAGGUGAUUAGUAAGGUCAUGAGGAGUCCGGAGGGGAGCAGCCGGACACUGGAAAGCAACCUACCGCGGCUGAGCGCGGCUCUGAGAGCACAUGAGAAGGAGGAACGGAAGAGAGCUACGGCCACAAAAAAGCAUCUAGUGGCAGAAGUAACAAGGCUGAAUCACCUGGUCAUGGCAGGCCCCACGGAUGCAAGCACGAAGGAGAGGCUGUUGGCGAAGGAGGCGCAGCUGAAAGGGUACGAAGAGAGCGAGAGGGAACGGAUGCAGGUACUAGCGGGCAUGGACCUGGAAUUACACGGAGAAAUCCCAUCGCCGUACCUAUCUGCCAAGGUCAAUAUAAGGAAGGAGAGAACGUUGAUUAAGGAAGUGGUGCACAAAGGGGAGCGGUUCUAUGGGUCCCAGGAGGUACUUCAAGCCGCAACUGCGCAUUUCGAGGAGGCGUUUAGCGAACAGGAAGGGACGUGGCGGCAGGAGAGAAGAGCAGUAGAAGUCGCGAAGCGCUUACCGGAGGAGGCGAUGAGCAGGCUCAGCGCCCCAUGGACGGAGGCGGAAAUUAAGGAGGCAUUGGUAGGAUUGCCGAGGGGGAAGUCGCCGGGGGGGUACGGGCUUCCGCCGGAGCUUUUCAAGGAGCACUGGGACCUGCUAGGGGCCUCGUUGGUGGAUUUCGCGAAGAGAUUCGAACAGUCCGCAAAUCUGGAGGAGUCCAUCACCACGGCGGUCACUGUCUUACUGCACAAAAAAGGACCGAAAGAUCAGUUAGGAAACUACAGACCCAUCACGCUCCUGAACACGGUGUACAAGGUGCUGGCGAAGCUGCUGGCAAACAGGCUGAAGAAAGAACUGCACCUGGUGAUCUCAGAGGGACAACAUGGCUUCAUACCAGGCAGGUGCCUGGCGGAUGCGGUGUCAGUGGUAGCGGACGCGGUCGAGGCGGCAGGGAAUGGAGGAGAGGACUGGUACCUCCUCAUGGUCGAUUUUCAGAAGGCAUAUGACACAAUAGCAAGACCAUACCUGUUCGAAACCCUUCGCAAGCUUGGAAUACCGGAACAGUUUGUGAGGUGGACGGAAGGGCUGUACCGAGGCUCCGGCACGACGAUUGCGAUAAAUGGCUGGGUCAGCACCCGGGUGGAGAUGCAGAGAGGGGUGCGACAAGGCUGUCCGCUGGCACCAUAUUUGUUCAUGUGCGCUCUGGAGCCACUCUGCCUGGAGAUUGGGAGGAAAGGACUGGGGGUGAAGCCAGAGGGGGGCACAGCACUUACGUACAUAGGUUACGCCGAUGACACAACACUAAUCCUCAAAGGGGAAGACCAGUUGAGAUCAGCGGCGGAGAUUCUGGAAAGGUUCGGCGACCUGUCGGGGAUACGGACAAACAAAGGAAAGUCGGUGGUGGUCCCGCUGGGGAGGAACAGAGGAAAGCAAUCAGCGGACGGGGUAGAUUUCAAGAGGGCCGAGGAUGGUGUACCAGAGCGGCUACUGGGCAUCUGGAUCUCUGCAGACGGGGACGGCGGGCCAUCCUGGGAGAAGGCAUGGGAGCGAGGGAAGGGGGAACUGGUCAAAUGGGAAAGCCACCAUCUCCUCACGGCGGCAAGGGUAACGGUGAUCAACGCGUACAUAAUGCCGAUCUUUAUCUUCCAAGCGCAAGUAUACCCACCACCGGAGGAGCUGUGGAAGCGUAUACAAAAAACAUGUGAUAACUAUGUCUCAAGCGGGCAAGCCACGGCGGACAAGCAGUUCGUGUUGUGGAGCGGGGAGCUAGCCCGGUUACCAAAGAAGGAGGGAGGUCUGGGCCUGGUCGACCCCAAGGCGAGAAUCGACUCCCUUCCCCUAAUGGUCGCCUUUCACCUCCACACCGCUUACCUCUCUCCUUCCCCAUGUCCCCGUCCCUGCUUCCCCCCCAUCCCCUUCCCUGCUUCCCCGUGUCCCUUCCCUGCUUCCCCAUGUCCCAUUCCCUGCUUCCCCGUGUCCCCUUCCCUGCUUUCCCCAAUCCCCUUCCCUGCUUCCCCAUGUCCCCUUCCCUGCUUCCCCCGUGUCCCUUUCCCUGCUUCCCCCCAUCCCCUUCCCUGCUUCCCCAUGUCCCCGUCCCUGCUUCCCCCCACGCCCUUCCCUGCUUCCCCCCAUCCCCUUCCCUGCGUCCCCAUGUCCCUUUCCCUGAUUCCCCCCAUCCCCUUCCCUUCUUCCCCCCAUCCCCUUCCCUUAUAUUCCCCCAUCCCCUUCCCUGCUUCUCCAUGUCCCCGUCCUUGCUUCCCCGUGUCCCUUUCCCUGCUUUCCCCCAUCCCCUUCCCUUCCUCCCCCCAUCCCCUUCCCUUAUAUUCCCCCAUCCCCUUCCCUGCUUCUCCAUGUCCCCGUCCCUGCUUCCCCGUAUCCCUUUCCCUGCUUCCCCCCAUCCCCUUCCCUUCCUCCCCCCAUCCCCUUCCCUGCUUCCCCGUGUCCCUUUCCCUGCUUCCCCCCAUCCCCUUCCCUUCCUCCCCCCAUCCCCUUCCCUGCUUCCCCGUGUCCCCGUCCCUGCUUCCCCCCACGCCCUUCCAUGCUUCCCCCCAUCGCCUUCCCUGCGUCCCCAUGUCCCUUUCCCUGAUUCCCUCCAUCCCCUUCCCUUCUUCCCCCCCAUCCCCUUCCCUUAUAUUCCCCCAUCCCCUUCCCUGCUUCCCCAUGUCCCCUUCCCUGCUUCCCCGUGUCCCUUUCCCUGCUUCCCCCCAUCCCCUUCCCUUCCUCCCCCCAUCCCCUUCCCUGCUUCCCCGUGUCCCCUUCCCUGCUUCCCCCAAUCCCCUUCCCUGCUUCCUCAUGUCCCCUUCCCUGCUUCCCCCGUGUACCUGCUUCCCCCCAUCCCCCUCCCUGCUUCCCCAUGUCCCCGUCCCUGCUUCCCCCCACGCCCUUCCCUGCUUCCCCAUGUCCCUUUCCCUGCUUUCCCCCAUCCCCUUCCAUGCUUCCCCAUGCCCCCUUCCCUGCUUCCCCCGUGUCUCUUUCCCUGCUUCCCCCCAUCCCCUUCCCUGCUUCCCCUUGUCCCCGUCCCUGCUUCCCCCCAUCCCCUUCCCUGCUUCCCCCCAUCCCCUUCCCUUAUAUUCCCCCAUCCCCUUCCCUGCUUCUCCAUGUCCCCGUCCCUGCUUCCCCGUGUCCCUUUCCCUGCUUUCCCCCAUCCCCUUCCCUUCCUCCCCCCAUCCCCUUCCCUUAUAUUCCCCCAUCCCCUUCCCUGCUUCUCCAUGUCCCCGUCCCUGCUUCCCCCCACGCCCUUCUCUGCUUCCCAUCCCCCUCCCUGCUUUCCCAUGUCCCUUUCCCUGCAUCCCCCCAUCCCCUUCCCUUCUUCCCCCCAUCCCUUUACAUGCUUCUCCCCAUCCUCUUCCCUGCUUCCCCCCAUGUCCCCUUCCUUGCUUCCCCAUGUCCCCUUCCCUGCUUCCCUUCCACCGUCACUGUCGCCAUCCCUCCCUUCUCCCUUCCCAACUCGCACACUUGACACGCCCACUCACUCCCUUGUUCUCCCCGCCCCACUCUCCCGCCCCUCAGCUGCUGGAAAGCAGAUCUACGACUGGAUCCGCCCUGAGGCGAACCCCUCCGCGCACCGCCACGCCUGUCACGAAGCAGCAGCAGCCCACAUCGCACUUCGGCAGGUUAUGCGAGAUAGGGCGCGCAGCUGGCAGAGUUGCGGGGCAGCCUCUUCUCGAGACUACCUUCAGCCUCCCCUGCUUACACAUACCAUAUGCUGACCUGCGCCCGAUAAGGCCCUGCAUUUGA